AUGUUAACCCUCGUCGUAGCUAUCCUCAAGAGCAGAGAGGUGCAACACUUGUCGGAAUAUGAAUGCAAGGAGAUCUUGGACUACUCCUCUGUUUACCACAUCGGCGCUAGGAGCGACAAGAAGCGCGCCACGCUGGACAACACGACCAACAACCACGGCUACGACGACGAACGUGGAGAUUAUCAAGUUAUUCUACACGACCACCUGGCGUAUCGCUAUGAAGUGAUAGACACACUAGGCAAGGGAUCAUUUGGUCAGGUACUGCACUGUCGCGACCACUACACGGGCGAAUCCGUGGCGAUCAAGAUCAUCCGGAACAAGAAGAGGUUCCACCACCAAGCGUUGGUCGAGAUUAAGAUUCUAGAUAGUCUGCGCAAAUGGGACCAGGACGAGAAGCAUCACGUCAUCAAGAUGACGGAGCACUUCUACUUCCGCGGCCAUUUGUGUAUCGCGAUGGAGCUCUUAAGCAUCAACCUUUACGAGCUUAUCAAGGCCAACAGUUUCGUGGGCUUCUCGACAGGACUGAUUCGACGGUUCACUAGCCAGAUGUUGCAGUCUUUGGUUCUCAUGCGCCAUCACCGCAUCGUGCACUGCGACCUCAAGCCAGAGAAUGUUCUACUUCGUCACCCCGCAAAGAGCGCUAUCAAGGUCAUCGACUUUGGUAGUAGCUGCUUCGAGCAUGAAAAAAUUUACACAUAUAUCCAGAGUCGAUUCUACCGCUCACCCGAGGUCAUCCUGGGUAUGAACUAUCACAUGGCUAUUGACAUGUGGAGCUUGGGCUGCAUCAUGGCCGAACUGUACACUGGCUUCCCGAUCUUCCCUGGUGAAAAUGAGCAGGAGCAACUUUCCUGCAUCAUGGAAGUGCUCGGCGUUCCGGACAAAGAUUUCAUCAACCGCAGCUCACGGAAGAGGCUUUUCUUCGAUCAAACCGGCGCUCCUCGACCAGUUGUUAACUCGAAGGGCCGUAGGCGACGCCCGGGUUCCAAGACUCUGCAGCAGGUUCUCCGUUGUGAUGACGAACUGUUUGUUGACUUCAUCUCCAAAUGUCUCGUAUGGGAUCCAGAACGUCGUCUCAAGCCACACGCUGCCCUCCGACAUCCGUUCAUCACUGGUGGCAAGCGCCCAAAGAUAACGAGCCCGCAGCUGCCACCGCCAUCGAGUACCUCCAAGCAGCUGCUAAGCUCUGCAACGGGAGGCUUAUCCAACCGAUCGAGCAAGAACCUGACGGAGACUCCGAAGAAGUCGCUCAUCAGUGCGCCGACGCCGCUCACCGCUCGCACCAGCCGCGUCACGUCUGGAAACGCAAUCCCCACUACCCCCAGCAACUCUGGCAGUUUGCACGCGAACAUUGGAUCGUCCCGGUCUUAUAGAACGUCCCAGUCACAAUCGCUUUCGUACCAUUCCAGUCAUUCCAGUCGGACAAUGGUAAGCUCCUCUUUUUUGAAGCUGUGA